UCCAGCCCCAGUUCUUACCCAGAUAGAGCUACACCCAAAGCCCCGGCCGAGCCCCCUCCUGCUCCCGCUGCUCCACCCCUCCGCCGCCGCGCCGCUCCGGCAACCGAGAUGCACACGGAGACCCGUAACAAGAAAUGCCAGUUGAGUCCUAAGCAGAAGAAGAAUGCCGGCGGCGCCCAGAAGAAGCAGAGGAGCCCGGCCAAGCCGAGCCCCCUGACCCGGAAACAACAACAACAACAACAACAACAACAACAGCCGCCACCGCCGCCAUCGCCAUCACCUCCGCCACCUGCAGUCCAGGAAGAGGAGGAGGUGAAGGAGAAGGAGGAGCCGGUGACAAGGCCUCGGCCGCCGAAGGAGGAGGUGGAGGAGGAAGUGGUCGAGGAGGAGCGAGAGGAAGUGGCGGCCAAGUCUGUGAGGAAGAGGAAGAAAGGAAAGGAGGAGAAGGAAAAGGAGGAGACAGACAUGCCGUCCGUACAGAUCAAACCGGAGCCCGAGGAGAUGGAGUGCACGCAGGCAGAUGCAUUCGUGGACUCCCCGCAGCCGACCGACCUGAAGGUGAAGACCGAGUCGCCGGUCUGCAAGACGGAGCCGUCCUCGCCCGAGCCGCGCCCCGCCGAGGACCAGACCGAACCCGUGGACCUGUCCCUCAACAAGCCCCGCCCCUCCUCGCUGCCCGCCUCCACCACGGGCACCACGGUCAACCCCGCGCCCAGCUGCGUCAUGACUCACCACAGCAUGGCCGCCACGUCGCUCCCCUCGGGGGUGCAGUCGAUAGGCUCCAUGGUCCUGUCCCCGGGCUCCAUCCUGGCCACGCAGGGCGCCGGGGGCCAGCAGAUCCUGCACGUCAUCCACACCAUCCCCUCGGUGAGCAUGCCCGGCAAGGUGGGCCAGCUGCAGACCAUCCCCGUGGUGGUGCAGUCGCUGCCCGUGGUCUACACCACCAUGCCCACUGACGGAGUCGCCACCGCGGCCAUCACCGUCCCGCUCAUAGGCAGCGACGGGCGCUCAGAAGGAUCCGUUCGCAUCAAGCCGGGUUCCACGUCUCCGGUGGAGUAUCAGAGUGACAGCGAUGCAGAGAGCGGUACCGGGUCCGGCUCGGCCUCCCACAGCAACCCCAGCCUCGACGCAGGGUCGGUGAUGGAUUUGGAACCCGUGGAUCCUGACUCGCCGGACGUCAAGAGAAGAAGAAUCCACAUGUGUGACUAUGACGGCUGUAAAAAGGUUUACACCAAGAGCUCCCACCUCAAGGCUCACAGGAGGAUACACACAGGAGAGAAGCCCUACCACUGCACCUGGGAGGGCUGCACCUGGCGCUUCGCCCGCUCUGACGAGCUGACCCGACACUUCCGGAAGCACACGGGAAUCAAACCUUUCCGCUGCACCGAGUGCGACCGCUCCUUCUCGCGGUCCGACCACCUCUCCCUGCACCGCCGCCGCCACGUCAUGAUGUGAACCCCCCCCC